AUGAUGUUAUCGUCUACUCUGGGGGGACUGGGGACCUGGCGCCUACGUUUACAGGGACUACUCAUCUCUCCGGCCUUUAAUCCCAUCCGAUACCUGUCAGUGAACUCCGCCAUUACCUCUGGCAUCAGGAAAGGCCGUGGAUUCAAGGAGAACAAGAGGCAGCCCAGAUCAAACGACUGGAGCCUAGGACGCAAUGCUAAAAGUACGAGGAAACCGAGUCCAUGGGAGGGUCGGGGAAAGGUCUCGUCUCGGUCUCGGCCGCAGUCUCGAGACCAAGGUGAAAUGGGAGACGGUUCCUCUAUAAAUCGAAGGGAUGCCGGCGGUCGAAGGCCUUUCGAACGCAAUAAACCUUCACCUUGGUACCAAGAAGGUGGUUAUGACACUUACCGCUUGGGAGAUACGCCACCUGAGCGCGUGGAGCCCCCGUCUAUGAACAGUCGUCAAGAGACGGAUCCUAACAACCACCGGCGGCCUUCCAACACUUAUGAUACUGGAGAUGAGUUCACUUUGAAGAAAAAGCACAUAUACGGAACGAAAGCGCAAGAGAGACGAUUUGGAAAACGCACGUCGGUGCCAAAUGUAUAUCCGCCACGGUCAGGAUACGCCAAAACCGAAGACGAGGUGCCAGAUACGAAUCACUCCCUGUCGAGAAAAGUUUACCUUGUGCCGCCUCAUCACAUACCCUACAGUUCCCCUGUAGCCGAGUUCAUCUAUGGAACCUCUGCAGUUAACGCUGCGGUACGAUGUGGCCGUCGAAAGCUUUACACCCUGUAUAUAUACGAAGAAUCUGGUGGGGAUGUUUCAAGGGAGCCUAAAUGGGAGCAACAGCAUAUAAGGCCCAUUGCCAAAUAUGCGAGUCUGGCAGGUGCGCAGGUAAAACAUGUUACUGGUCCCUGGAAACAUACCCUGGAUAAAAUGACAGGCAAACGGCCUCAUAAUGGUUUGGUUUUGGAGGCGUCACCACUCCCAAAACCUCCAGUGUUGAAUUUCCAAACGGUCCUUUCCAUGUCCAAUUCGCAUUUCUUAGCGAACUUAGCGCCUCAGCCCGAUGAACAAGCAGCCGUCAACGGCACCGAUGGCCAUAUUCCCUUUGAAGCUCGACGGAAAAAUCCUAAAGGAAGCCGCUAUCCUUUCACCCUACUGCUCGAUGGAAUCCUUGAUCCUGGAAAUCUUGGGGCUAUCUUCCGAAGCGCUUACUGGUUCGGGGUGGAUGCAAUCGUUUUCUCCCCUCUGAAUUCGGCGCCCAUAUCAUCAGUCGUCAUGAAGGCAGCUGCAGGCGCAACUGAAACCAUCCCAACCCUUGCAAUUCGCGAUGUAAACUCAUUCCUAACGGGAUCUCAAUCGAACGGCUGGAAAUUCUUCGCCGCAGAUGCUCCCAGUGCGACACUGGUGAAUGACUACACGCGGAAAGUCCCCGUCAUGGGUAACUUAGACACCCUAUCUUCUGAGCUGCAGACAGCACCUUGUGUUUUAAUGUUGGGAGGCGAGGGUUCGGGCUUGCAGCAGAAAAUAAAAAAUAGGGCUGAUGCAUUCGUUACAAUUCCUGGGGCAUAUUCGGACAACGUGCAGGACGAUAUCGCCGGUGUCUCUAGCUUGAAUGUGAGCGUGGCGUCUGCCCUCUUAUGUGAAGCCUUCCUCUCGCGCCCGCCCUCUGGGGUUACCGAUGCACCGUUUUCAUCUGAAACUCCUAUUGAGGAUACGAAUCGUAUCUUCUAA